AUUAUUGUGAUCAAUAUAACGGUGAUAUCAUUUCGGUAUGGAAUCCAGGUACUAUCUUCGUCACCCAAAAAUAGUACGUUUCCGAUUGAUGUCUGCUUCGAUAGAUGUACUUUUACGAAUAACAUCUAUGAUCUGAUGUUAACUUUGUUUGAUCCAACCUCGGUCCAAUUAACCAUUCAGAACACAAUUUUUACUAGUAAUGAAAACCUUUCUCAGAAAGGUUAUGCUAUUCGCCUCAAUAUCCCACCUCUGAAAAAUAUUAGCUUUUCAAAAGCAGUUGUAAAGCUUGACAAUGACACCUUUGACUCUAAACCGUCCAGCAACAUCGCUCUUUUCUUUAAAGGAAGAAAAGUUGUGGAAAUAAAGCGUUGCACAUUUCGUAAUUGCACUUAUACACACUCAGAUGUACAGAGGUGGGAUAUGACACAAACUCGCGAGUUUUACGAAACAGGUUCUGGCGCUAUUUCCAUAUUAACUUAUCCCGAUAAAAUUGUAAAUAAUGGAUGUCUUCAUUGGCCCACUACUCGUGAUACACAUCCUGUGUGGCAAUACGAAAGUUACGUACUCUUUGAAGAUUCUGUCUUUGAGGAAAACUUGGGACUGAUUGCUGGAGGAGUCCACGUAAGUAAUGGAUUUACUAAGUUCAAACGAUGUGUUUUUAAAGAUAAUUUUGGUAUUCAGCAGAGUGGACACAUCUAUUCCGCGCAUGGAACUGGUCAAGUGGAGUUGGAAGAUUGUUUGUUCUCAAGGACGAAGGAAAGAAUGUUCGGAUGUAACAGUUUUAGCUACGGAAAAGCUAUUUUCUUACAUUCUGAAAGUGGAGGGCCUUUAAAUCUUAGAAACACAUCUUUAAUUUCAGAAAUCCCUGCACGGAAAGAAUUUUCGAUGCUUCACAUUUCUAGUGGCGGAUACGUCCACAUGGAUAAUAAAUCCACCAUGCAAUGCAGUGAAGGAAGUCAGCUAUUACUGGAAAAUGCUACUCAUAUUGUAUAUACUGAUGUAAACGGCGUAUCUUGCAUAAUAAACGUCACAACUCUAAGGUAUUCUUGUCAUCCAUGUUGCCCAGGUUAUUAUAGCCUCCAAAAGGGAACUUCACGAGGUUUAUUUGUUAAUUCUACCGUUCGUUGUCUUCGAUGUCCCUUCGGUGCUAGUUGCAUUCAAAGAAAUGUAGCUGCAAAACCAGACUUCUGGGGUUUCCGACAUCAACAACGAUUGCAAUUUUUGGCUUGUCCGGAACAUUACUGUAAAAAGCCACGGAGAGAUUCAAAAGAUUUUAACGGUUGCAAUGGAAACAGAAGCGGUGCAGUCUGUGGUAAGUGCGCCAAGGGAUUCACAGAAUCACUAUUUUCAACUGAAUGCUCUAAAGCUCUAAAAUGCGGACAGUUUUGUCUAUGGGUCGUGACAAUACUGGUAACACUUGCAUUGGUGCUUUACCUUCUGAUAAAACCACCUAUUCUAAGUUUCCUUGGCCGCCAGAUCCCUUGUUGUAGAAGAGACCAUCAUCAAACUAGACAACAUGAAGACUCAGACAGCAGUUUCAUCAAAAUAACAUUCUAUUUCUAUCAAGUUAUGGAGCUUUUGAUGGACACACCCAUAGAAGGCCGGCUUAAAAUAAUACCGUUUCUUGCCUUCGUGAUUUCCGUCUUCAAUUUUCAAGUUGCAGCCAUCAACAACAACAUCGGCUGUCCUUUUGCAGGUCUUACAGCGGUAACAAAGGAGGUUCUUUUAUCUGGAACUGUGUUCAUGGCAAUGGCGAACGUCUUCAUCUUGUAUUUUGUGCAUUUUUUUAUUAACCUAUUGAGGCAAAAGGAAAAGCCAAGACGUUUACACUACGCGGCCGUUUUCAUAGAGGUACUAUUGCUUGGGUAUGAGCGGCUCGCAGAAAUGUCCCUGAAACUGAUGCACUGUGUCUCUAUAGGAUCUAGAAAAUGGCUCUUUAUCGACGGAAAUGUUCCAUGUUUGCAGUGGUGGCAAUAUAUUCUGUUGGCUUACAUUGCUGUGUUCAUAUUGCCCUUUAUCCUGAUACUUUACUGGGGUUCUUCAAAGCUCUACACAUCGUCCAUUAAGGCAAGUGAAUUUCUCGCAGCUUGUGUCCUUCCACUGCCUUUUCUGGUCUACUGGCUUUACCAGAGCAUUUGGAAUAAAGGAGAACGACACGUGCCCGGGAGUGAUCAGGAUGUCAACAAAGAUGUUUUGGAAAUAAUCCAUGGGCCAUUUCGCCCUCCAGACACUGACAACAAAGGGGCCCUCUACUGGGAAAGUGUUUUGAUUGCGCGAAGGCUUAUUCUUCUUGUAAUCCAUACCUUUAUCACAGAUGCAUUGUUACGUGGGGUUUGCAUCUCAGGCGCUUGUUUCCUGAUAACAAUUCACCACAUUUUGAAGAACCCUUACAAAGAUCAGUUGGCUAAUAAAUCAGAAACUUUGUCCCUCGUUGUUUUGACCCUGAUUGCUGUAAUCAAUCUGCCAAAAGCAACCCUCUUUUCAUUCGGUGUAGACAUGAGCCCCGAUGCGUCAAACGGAGUUUAUUUGGAAAUGAUCAAGUGGUUUGAGGUUGCCGCUUUAGCAUUUAUUCCAGCGUUAGUAUUCCUGUUGGUCUCAUUUGCACUGUUAUCCCAGCUGACAAGAUUUGGAGUGUUUUUAUUGAAGUAUAUUCGACUUCUUUGUCAAUAUCGUCCCUCU